UUAUGUCCAUACAUUGCUAAAGUUUUCUGUGCCAUAUAAAAUGAGAUAAAUUUGAGAUCCUCUAUACCACCCAUCACUACGUAUAUAUAUCCACACACACACAAACACACAUACAUAUAUUGCAGUAAUAGUUAAUGGCUUGAUCAGACUUUUUUAAUGCUGGUCAGCAGUAUCCAUCAAUGGGUUCAACUGCUUAAGAACCAAGAAAAGAAUAGAAUAAAAAUUGGAGACACGAGAAGAUAUUUUUUAUAUAUAUGCAAUCAACAAGGACUCGAAACCGCAUCGUAAGAUCGGGUCACCGGACACUUACCACAACUCCACAGCGUUGACCGACAUAAUAUCUUUUAUAUUUCUAUACUGGCUAAAAUGUCUUCAGUCCGUCCUAGUAGCACUGACCUCAAUGGGGUUGCAUUUGGGACCGUAUCAGAGACGGCCCCACCUGAAGAUGAAUUCCUCAUCAGAUAUAGAGAGACUCCGAUUGGUACCCCGAUUGGGCUUUACCCAGCAAUCUCUCCAGAUAAAGAACCAAACUAUCCAGUCAUGUAUGGUGCUACAACACCACCUUCUGUGCAGGUACCAAUUGGUUUUGAACAGCUUUCAGAACAACAAGCAGGCAAAGAACAACAAAAUGGUCACAACAUGGAGCCAACUUCCAACGAUGAGUCUGAAGAGAAGUCACUAAACAGCCUGUAUUUUGACGACCAAAAGCGCCAAAUUGAUUUCGUGUUGGCUUUCAAUAAAGAGUGCGAUGAUGGCAAGAAUGAGAACCGAAGACAUCAGUUCGAGAACAGCUUGGAAAAGUUUGGACUGGAAUUGGAAUAUGCAACGAAGAAAAACGACAUCAACGUUCCAAAAAGUUGCUUUGACAAACUCUACUCACCGUUUAAGUUGGAUUCUGAUAUUGUGAAAGAAGAAGAUAACUAUUUCACUGCACCGUUUAAUCAGGAGAGAUUAAAACAGUAUGUCAUUCAAAACACAGAGGAAUUUUUUACUUCUGCUGAAAGAAGUCGCAUUGUUAAUGAAAUUCUGUCAAGAGCAACAUUUGAGGGAGAAGGCAGAGUACGCAAAUAUGGCAUCAAAAGGUUACUAGGAAAUGCAUACAUAGCAGCUUAUCCACUCCACGAGGGGCCAUAUUACUACGAGGACUCAAUAUAUGCGACUGGACCAAGAAACGCGCGACAUUUACUCUAUGAAAUGUGGGCCAGACCAAAAAUGUGGUACAAACAGCAACCAUUGGAUGCGAUCAGAUCAUAUUUUGGAGAAAAAAUAGGAAUAUAUUUUGCAUGGCUGGCGUUCUACACGCAGAUGUUAAUUCCAGCAGGCAUUGUCGGUGUUGUGGUGUUCAUCUAUGGUCUGGCAACAAUGAUGGAUGAUAUUCCAAGUUUGGACAUCUGCAGCUUUGAUAAAUCUGGCAACCUCACCAUGUGCCCCCUCUGCGAUGAAUUGUGCCGAUACUGGAAAUUAGAGACUGUUUGCUACUAUGCUCGAACAUCGUAUCUUAUUGAUAACCCGUCAACGGUGUUUUUUGCUGCGUUUAUGUCAGUAUGGUCAAUGUUUUUCAUUGAGCUGUGGAAACGUCAACAGAAUGAAAUUGGUUAUGACUGGGAUAUUUCGAAUUUUGAGGAAGAGGAGGAAACUGUUCGCCCAGAAUUUGAAUCUACGGUUACAACCACUCGAGAAAACCCUGUCACUGAGACAGAAGAACCCUAUGUUCCUUCUUGCCUGAAGAUCUUUAACUAUACAACAUCCAUUGUGGUCAUUCUGUUAAUGUUAUGCCUUGUUGUUGGAGCUGUUGUUGGUGUCAUUGUUUACCGUAUUGUCAUAAUUGCGGUGUUUGCCAAACAAGAACACAUCAAAGAACAAGCCUCCAUUGUCACAUCUGUAUCGGCGUCAUUACUUAACUUGGUUGUCAUUCUUCUUCUGAAUAUGCUUUACACCAAACUUGCUUACUGUUUAACUGAACUAGAGAAGCACAGGACUCAGACAGAAUGGGAAGAUGGAUUCACCCUUAAAAUGUUCCUUUUCCAAUUUGUGAACUAUUAUUCUUCCAUAUUCUACAUCGCAUUUUUUAAAGGAAGAAUCGUUGGAUCACCAAACAAUUAUAUUUAUCUUAACAAUGAAAGGCUCGAAGAGUGCAAUCCAUCUGGCUGUCUUGUUGAGUUAUGUAUUCAACUAGGAGUGGUCAUGGUAGGAAAACAAGCUUUCAACAAUUUCGUGGAGCUCUUAUUGCCGAAGCUGCAAAACUGGUGUAAAGUCCAUUACAACCGCGUCAAAGACACCGAGGAAGGUGAGGACGACGACGAUGAUGAUGACAUUGACGACAAAGAAACAGCGAAACGAUGGGAAGUGGACUUUCUGAUGACAGAAGCAAAUCCACUGGGGAUGUUUUACGAAUAUCUGGAAAUGGUGAUACAGUUUGGCUUUGUGUCCAUUUUUGUGGCAGCAUUCCCAUUGGCUCCUGUCUUCGCUCUGCUAAACAACAUUCUGGAAGUUCGUCUUGAUGCCUACAAAUAUGUCACCCAGUUCCGUCGACCGUUAGCAGCCAGAGCUCAAGACAUUGGUAUCUGGUUUGGAAUUCUGAAAGGAAUUUGUAUAAUAUCUGUCAUCACAAAUGCAUUAAUCAUAGCCUUCACAUCUGAUUUCAUCCCUAAGAUGUUGUACAAACAUGUCAUAAGUCCCAACGACACCCUUGAGGGUUAUGUGGAAUUCAGUUUGUCUUACUUCAACAUAAGCGACUUCCAACCCCGAAGCAAACCAACUUUUGACUCAAACAUCACAGAGUGUCGGUACAAAGAUUUCCGAUAUCCCCCUGAUUCUCCAGACAAGUAUGAGCACACCUCCAUCUACUGGCACAUCCUUGCGAUUCGUUUGGCCUUCGUUAUAAUAUUCCAGAAUGUCGUCAUGCUAUUAUCAUGGCUAGUAGCAGCCAUGAUUCCAGAUGUACCAUAUAUUGUGAAAAUCCAAAUGUUGAGAGAGAGUUACUUGACGAAACAAGCUCUCUUGAAAUUUCAAGAUGAGAAGAGAGAGAAGCGCCGUACCGGUUCUGUUGGUUUGAAAGAAGAAUGAAAGUGAAAUAUGGAAGAUAUUGCUGAGAUUUCUUUGAGUUUUCAAUGCAAAAAUAGAGACUGUUUACUUGAAAGAAACAGAAAGGAAAAAAAUAAUGGUUUUAUUCCAAUACUAAUAUUUUUCAGUUUUGCUCACGGCUUCAACUAAUUCCAUCCAAUUUGUAACCAUUUUUUUUCUCUCUCAAUUGCAUUCAGUAUAUUUUUCAAUACAUAUAUCCUAAUACUCAAACGCACAUACAUGAGCAUAUAUAUAUA